AUGCAGAGCAGUCUAAAGGAGGUCGAUGCCCCAGCUUGUGUAAAGCUUUUGAAGAGCCUCAAUUACCGCAUCUCAGAGGAAGAACAUAGCUCCCUCUGUGAUGGAUUAACUGGUUUGUACUCAUUCGGUUGGCAUAUUUUUGGAUUGUUUGUCAUCCUCAUUUCCUCGCUUAUCGGCGUAUUUUUGCCACUUAUAAUCACACAUGUCGCGUGUUUGAGUAGAAAUCCGUACAUCUUCGCCUUCUCAAAGGCUAUGGCCACAGGUGUUUUACUUUCUGCUUCAAUGAUUCAUCUUAUAAACGAAGGAGCCCACAUGUUUCUUGAACCCUGUGUUGGAGCUUGGGUAUCUAGUUACAAGGCCUAUGCCUUCUUAUUUGCACUGAUCGCUGCCCUUCUUAUGCAGGCACUAGACAUUGAGCUUGCCACCAUCGCCGAACGUUGGAUACGACGCAACAAGGCUAACAAGUCACACAACACUAUUUCGCAGAAUCCUCAUGACCAACUGACGCAGCCUUAUCUUUCAAGUAACUCCCCUUCGAGAUGCAAGGAUGAAAAUUUGCUUGGGUCCUCGCCAACUGAGGUUCCGUUAGUACUCAAAAAUACCUGUGAACAUGCACGAAAUGAUGAUUGCCACGGUCAUCAGCAUUUCUUUGAAAUGUCCCAAGACAUGGGAAUGGCACGUAAAGUGAUUUCAGCAAUUUGCAUGGAAUUUGGUGUAGCUCUUCAUAGUAUCUUUGUGGGCAUCGUAGUUGGUCUAACAACCGACGAUGAGCUCAGUCCAUUACUCAUUGCACUUUUCUUUCAUCAAAUGUUUGAGGGGAUGUCUUUGGGAUCGCGACUAGUGGAUGCAAAAUUUAGAGGAGCGCUUGAAAUAAUACUGGCUGCUAUUUUUACGCUUAGUGCGCCCUUUGGGAUGGCCUUGUCAAUUUCUGUGGUUAAGGUCUCUCGUGACGCCAUGUCCGGAUCCACCUUUGUGGAGACCAUAGCUGUGCUAGAAUCGUUUUGUGGUGGUAUCCUUUUGUAUCUCGCAUUUACGUUACUUUUGUUUGACUUUCCUGAAGACCUUCGCAAAUUCUGUGCCGAUGGAAUGCCUGGACGGGUUAAGCGUAAAUUAGGUUUGUUCUUCGCUCUUUGGUUUGGAAUGGGUUUGAUGGCGUUUGUCGGAAAAUCGUUGUAG